CAGAUGUCUGUCUUUUCUUCAAUCUCUGUAGCCUAACGAAUUUACAUAGUUUGAUUUCUACUAAAUUGAGUUGUCGCUGUUUUGUUUGCUUAUUUACUUCACUUUCUCCUGCAUGUAGUCAAAUACUUCUAGGGUUUUUAUAGCUUUUCAUGACACAUUUCUGCAAAUUCAUUCGAUGAACCUUUUUCCAUUGAGAAAUGGAACAAUGGACACAUCAUGUUGUUCUAAGUGUUAAUUGGUCUUAUUGAAAUGAUAGUUUUGGUUCGUAGCCAUCACUCAGUAAAGUAGAGACCUAGUCUUGGGUUCUUCUGUUAAAUAUUUUAUGAAACAACAAUUUUGGAUUCAAUGUUUUGAGAUUGUGCAGCGUAAUCAUUUUCUAGGAAAUAUUUAUCUUAUGGUAUUUAAGAAUUGGUUCAUUUUCAAUCUCCUAUUUUCUAUACUCCUUUGGGUUGAUUUUGUGAUAGGUAUUGAGUUAGAUUGCAUAUUCUCUUAUUACUUUAUUUACGGUUUAUGUGGAAUCCUUUUUUGCACUAAAAAAUAUUUUCUAAAGUACUUAGAAAGUAAUUCCAAACAGAUAUUUCAGGUAUACUGCCGAAUAUGUAUUUAAUAGCACGAAGUAUGUAUCCAUAAUGGAGUUUCGGUUGUAGGUUGUACAUGUUGUACUAUAAAGACUUGUAUCAGUUGCAAUUGUCAAUGAGGGUCCUCUAACAUUAAUAGUGAAAUUGAAUAUUACAACUACAUCAAACAUUAAAAAUUAAUAGUAACACCUAACCAGUUUUCCUCGUAGAUGGACCAAGGAAGAGAAUGCUUGGUCCAUCAUACCAGUCGAGUUGUAAGUAAAACCAAACCAAACCAAACUCAAUGCAGAAUGGCAAAUUUUCAUCUGAUAUCUUUUGUUAUGACUACGUUUUUAUAUUUUUCUUUCAAUAUCUCUGUGGCUGUUGAUUUCUUAACAGCUUCUCAAAACCUCAGCGAUGGCAAUACCUUGGUCUCUGAAAAAGGAAUUUUUGAGCUCGGUUUCUUUCGUCCAGGAAUCUCUAAGAACCGUUACUUGGGAAUUUGGUACAAGAUCAUCCCAAUUCCCACUGUUGUUUGGGUUGCCAACAGAGAAACCCCACUCAAAGAUUUUUCCAGUAUAUUGAGAAUAAACACCACAGCAAAUCAUGUUGUUCUCAUCCAGAAUGAAACAGUUAUUUGGUCGGCAAAGUCGUUAAAACCAAUGGAAAAUCCCAGGCUACAGCUUUUGGACACUGGAAAUUUAGCCUUGAAAGAUGGAAACUCAGAGGAGAUUUUGUGGCAAAGCUUUGAUUAUCCAACUGAUACAUUGUUGCCCGGAAUGAAGCUGGGAUGGGAUUAUGAAAAUGGCAUAAACAGACGAUUAUCAGCUUGGAAAAACUGGGACGAUCCAUCUCCUGGAACCUUGAUAUUGGAAAUGGAAAAUCAUAGCUUCCCAGAACUCGCCAUGUGGAAUGGUACACAAGAGAUCGUGAGAACUGGACCUUGGAAUGGAUUGCGGUUCAGCUCCAAAUCCAUUUCUGGUCUGCCAAUUUUGGUCUACCAUUAUGUGAACAAUAACAAUGAGCUUUAUUUCAACUACCAGCUUAUAAACAAUUCUUCGAUUGGUAGAAUGGUGUUGAACCAAUCCAGGUUCAGGAGAGAGGCCUUACUCUGGUCAGAAGCUGAGAAAAAAUGGAAGAUAUACGCCACGAUACCGAGAGAUUACUGCGACACGUACAGCAUUUGUGGUGCUUAUGGGAACUGUGACAUCGAAAAUAUGCCUGCUUGUCAAUGUCUGAAAGGGUUUCAGCCAAGGGUGCCAGAGAAUUGGUAUCGGAUGGAUUAUGUAGAAGGGUGUGUUAGAAAUAAAUCUUUGAAUUGCUCGGAUGAAGUUGGCUUUGCAAAGUUACCAGGGCUGAAAUUGCCUGACACUACAUAUUCUUGGGUUAAUGAAAGCAUGAGUUUAAGUGAAUGCAGGGAGAAAUGUUUGAGAAAUUGUUCUUGUAUGGCAUUUGCAAAUACAAAUAUUAGUGCAUCAGGUAGUGGCUGUGCCAUUUGGUUCAAUGAUCUUAUUGAUAUCAAAGUGGUUAUAAAAGGUGGACAAGACUUGUAUGUUCGAAUACUCGCUUCUGAGUUAGACAAAAAGAAUGUGAGUUCAGUUGUCGUUGGCUUUAUAGUUUCUGCUACUCUCCUCAUAAUUGCUGCCUUGGUUUUGGUUGGAUUUUACAUUAUCAAAAGCAGCAAAAUCCUCCAAGUUGAGAAACUUGAAGUGCAAGAGGAAGACUUGGAGCUCCCAUUAUUUGACCUAUCAACAAUAUUAAAUGCUACAGACAAUUUUUCAAACUCUAACAAGCUUGGAGAAGGUGGCUUUGGUUCAGUAUUCCGGGGUAUACUCAAAGAUGGACAAGAAAUUGCUGUGAAAAGGCUUUCCAACUAUUCAAGACAAGGAACUAAUGAAUUCAAGAAUGAAUUAAAACUCAUAGCCAAACUUCAGCAUAGGAAUCUUGUAAAGCUUCUGGGUUGCUGCAUCCAAGAGGAAGAAAAGAUGUUGAUUUAUGAAUACAUGCCUAAUAAGAGCUUGGACUCCUUAAUAUUUGAUCCUAAUGGAAGGAAACUCUUAGAUUGGCCGAAGCGAUUCAAUAUCAUAUGCGGAAUAGUUAGAGGGAUUCUUUAUCUUCAUGAAGAUUCUAGGUUGAGGAUUAUUCAUAGAGAUCUCAAACCAAGCAAUGUCUUGCUUGAUAUUGAUAUGAACCCAAAAAUCUCAGAUUUUGGAAUGGCUAGAACUUUUGGUGGAGAUCAAACGGAAGGAAAUACUAGGAGAGUUGUUGGAACAUAUGGCUAUAUGGCACCAGAAUAUGCAAUUGAUGGACAAUUUUCAAUAAAGUCAGAUGUCUUUAGUUUUGGCAUUCUACUAUUAGAAAUUAUAAGCGGACAAAAGAACAGGGGAUUUUAUCGUCCAAACCAAACUCUCAAUCUUAUUGGACAUGCAUGGAAGUUAUGGAAUGAAGGACGACCAUUAGAAUUGAUUGACCCCUCAAUUGGAGACUCAUAUACUUUAAGUGAAGUAUUGAGAUGCAUUCAUGCAAGUCUUUUAUGCUUACAACAACAGCCAGAGGAUAGACCAAUAAUGUCAGAUGUGAUUUUAAUGCUAAAUAGUGAGAGUGCCUUUAAGUUGAUGCAACCAAAACAACCAAUAUAUUAUAUAGAAAUGGAUUCACUAAAUAAAGAGGAUUCUCUUUCAAGCAAGAAUGAACCUUCUACCACCAAUGAAUUAACUGUUACUCUUGUAGAGGCAAGGUAAUAAGAUAAGUAGGUGCUUUUAGAUAUUGGUACUAAUUCUGUAGAUGUUUUGAAUUCUUCUAUAUGAUUCUCCCCCUUUGCAUUUCCAUGAAAAGUGGGUUUUUA